UUAUGCAGGACCUAAAGACUUAGAUUUCAAUGGUGCUUACGAACUAAGCAUUUUAUAGAAUUCUAUUAGGCAUUCAACCAGGCUACAGCGCUUAACAACUUAGCCUACCUAGACUAUGAAAUAAUUUAGGGUGGUAGUUGUAUUUUCACAGCCCCGCUGGAUGCCUCACAUAGGGGUCGGCUUCCUUAUAGAAAUGAGAGAAAACUACCGAAAGCUUGGGAAUAAGAGAGUAUUCAAGUUUCAUAAAUAUUAAUAAUUUUAACAAGUUCUGAGUCCUUUUAUUUACGUUUUAAUAUAAGUCUUACUCUAUCCCUACAGCGGCCUAAGUUGCCACCUCGAUUGUGCAACAAAUUCACAACAGUCAACCGAUAGCAGUAGUACUCUAAGUCGUAGGACUAUUAGCUUGCUACGAUGACUGGAGAAGAUAUUACAGAGCAAAAUGCGUCUACAGCCCAGGACAAGCCAAAAAUAAACGACAAAGUCCCCGAGGGCAUAGAAGACGCCAAUAGCGAGUCCGCUGCUACAUCAGACGACUCGACAAAUGGCAUAAUGACGCCUGCCACUGCAGAAGAUGAAGUGGCCCAGUCAGAACUGCCCUCCUGGUUCAAAAGUUGCAUUAAAACUUUCGAAGAACUAGCUGAAUACGACAUCCCGUUGAUUAUCAAUGAUGCAUCAAGCAAUCAAGCUCCAGAGGCUGAAAAGCCUGAGCAUUAUGCUAUUGAUUCUGUGAUGUAUGAGAGUCUGUUUGACCUUGUGUUUCCUCGAGACACGAAGGGGCAACAAGACCAUUCGGAUAUGGAACUCCCUAGAAAGUUUUGUCAUGAUGCUAUGGCACUCCGGAUGCCACACGCCUCCCACGGCCAGCAAUUUCUAAAUCUAGUGGUACAGCGCUUUGCGAGAGACAUUGGAGCCGAUAUUAUCACCUUGGGACUACACGAUUUUGAGAACCUUGCGACUCAUUUUGCCACACUAUCGGGCCAUUCUCUUCCUGAGGGAAUGUCAACAUUUAGAGAUCUCUAUUUUGUAGAGCCUGAAAAGCUGUCGGAAACGCCGAAAUCUGAUGAGAAACUAGAUGAUUCGACAUCAGAUCCUGAAAAGCCCAAGUCAAUGGAAACAGAAGCGGACAAAUCAGGAGAAUCUGAGCCUAAACAAGAAGCAAGAAAGAAGCUUCCAUUUCCGUUCGCAAAAUUGUUUACCUCGACAUCGGAUAAAAGGGGCUCUUCGCAGAUAGCUACUCCGGAAAAACAAGAACGUCCUAUAAUCAUAUUAUUACCUGAAGUCGCAGAAGACAUCUACAAACCCCCUCGCAAUGUUUUAACGCAUCUGAGGGAUGCCGUCAAAGAAGCCAGAAGUCAAGGAAAGGAGAUUGCUGUUAUUGCCAUUGAUAACCAGGACGAUCCAAUAUAUGGUUAUUGGCCACCGUCACCUCCGGAUGAUGACGAGUUCCUCUCUGAUCUCGGGUCUAAUCCAGUCAAGGUAGUGCAGGUAAUAGUGCCGAUCAAAACGGACUUACAGAAAGAGCUACUUAAACAGGACCACAAGAAGACGACGCAGAAAGUUAAUACUCGGAAACUACAGGAGAAGAUCCAAGAAGGACGAAAAAUCCGGUCUUUCUCGGGAUUAUUGGAGCCACACGCUGAUUGGAAACUCUCGGAAGAGAGUUUCGCCACAAAACGGCUCAACGACCCUGACUUCAAGGAUCGUGAAAUGGAGUUACUGGCAAGCGCCUUAGGCGCCAACUUAGAUAUUAAGAACGUCGAAAGGGCAUUUGCGAGACUCAAGGUGCUAUACGAGUGGAUGGAGGAAAAGGAGAAGACACCACCAGGACAAUGGGACAGCUUCCACGAGGACGCACGAAAAGCAAUUGAGACUAUCAAAGGUGAUUCCUGCAAAUAUAAGCAUGAGAACACAUUGCUGGACUCUAUUGUCAACUCCGGUGAGCUUACCUACUUGCUAUAUACAGAACCUUACUCCUAAGACUAACAAAACAUCUAGACACCGUCGAACAGAGCUGAAAAGACAUCGAAGUCGACGAAGAUACCAAAAGCACCAUUAAAAAACUCGUAGACCUAGCCAGCUCAGACCCAAAG